GCGGCCCACUUCGGUUGUUCAGCAACAGAUAUUGCUCACUUGCUCGCCUCAUCUCUCAGUGGCAAAGAUCGGCGAGAGCAUUGGGAGGAGCUGCUAGGAGAGUUCUACGGUUAUCUCAUGGAGGAAGUAGGAAGCAAGAAAAUGCCCUACAGUCUUGAACAGCUCAAAGAAGCGUAUCAGAGAUAUCUUCCAAUGAUUGCCUUUAUGAUGGCUCCAAUGAUGGGACCACUUUUUGAUAUUGUAUACAAAGAUGUAGAUGAAACGACAAAAAAGAAGAUUUCCGGCAUUAUUGAUCGAUCGGCUCACUUAAGCAACAAUCCCAGACCGAAUUGA